GUGAGUCGGCUACAGGCGGGCUCGGGAGCCGGGCUGCUUGGUACAGCAGUGCCGCAGGCGCCCGCCCCGGCUCGCACUCUGCCAUGUAGUCGAGCUGCGGGCCGGAUUGCCGCAGAUUCUCCAGGCCCGCGGCCCGUCGGGCAGAGGAGCCGAAGCGAGGCCGCCCUGGAGGCCGGAGCCGCUGGGCCUGCGGCGCCUCGGAGCGAGUGGCCACCGCGCCCGCCUCAGCCUCGGUCGCGGGGAGCAGGCUCGCCGCUGGUCACAGCUCCCGGCCAGCGCUGUGGCCUUCCUGGGCUCUACGCGUUAACGCCCGGCGACAUGCUCGAGGUCGGUUUCAGCCAGGAUGCGGGAGAGUUGGGGCAAGCUACCUGUAAGACAGCUUGAACUUUUCCUAGGAAUUGCUUUCUGCCGGCCCGUUAAAUCGCAUUGCUCGUUUCGUCUGAGACCUUGUGUGCUUAGGACUGAAAUAAAAGAAGUCUUUUCCCCGUUGUCUUUUUAGGACGUUAUGACUUUUUUCCUUUGCAAGACAGUUCAAAAAACUGCCGGAAGGACAAACUCUUCCCACUCCUAGGGACUGUGUUGUCUUCAGAGUUUGGGGUAGAGGCUAGCAAAUGAGAAGGCCCUGUCUCUGCAUCCUAUCCUCCCAGACAUCCUCAGAGGAUCUUCGUUUCUAACUAGCAUCUUUCUAGCAUUCAGAGAGACUUCUUCAGGGUCAUGAUCCUGAAGGCUUGACCUGUAUACAAGGAGAGAGAAGUUGUCUCCUGAGCCCCAAAAUGGCAGCUAAAAUGGAGAUAACUUUGAGCUCCCACACUCAGGCUUCCUCCGAGCAAGAAAGACACAUAAUAACAAAGCUAGAAGAGAAAAGAGGGCCCACUCUGCAAAAGAACUGCCCCGAUCCUGAGCUCUCUCGCCAGAGCUUUAGACAGUUCUGUUAUCAAGAGGUAUCUGGACCCCAAGAGGCGCUCUCCCGGCUCCGACAGCUCUGCCGUCAGUGGCUACAGCCUGAGCUGCACACCAAGGAGCAGAUUUUGGAACUUCUGGUGAUGGAGCAGUUCCUGACCAUCCUGCCCACGGAGAUCCAGGCUCGGGUCAGGCAUCGAUGUCCAAUGAGCAGCAAGGAAAUUGUCACCCUGGUGGAAGAUUUUCACAGAGCAUCCAAGAAACCAAAACAGUGGGUGGCUGUUUGUAUGCAGGGGCAGAAGGUGCUCUUGGAGAAAACUGGAUCUCAGCUUGGAGAACAGGAACUUCCAGACUUUCAACUGCAAACUCCUAGGACAGAUCUCAGGGAGAGCUCUCUGGAGGAGCCUUCCCAGACAGGAUCUCAUGACCGGCUGAGCCCCCAUGAUUGGGAGAAAUCCCCACUCCUCCAGGAACCAGUCCCUAAGUUGGCUGGGACAGAGGCCCCCAGAAUGAGAAGUGACAACAAGGAGAAUCCACAACAGGAAGGGGCUAAAGGAGCAAAGCCAUGUGCAGCAUUAGCUGGCAGGUCCAAAGGGAACAGUCUGGAGAGCUCUGAACCAAGAGGGGCAAAUAUAAGUGAACCCCGGUUGUCACGGAGGCAGGUCAGCCCCCCGAAGGCUCAAAAGCCAUUUGCUCACUACCAGAGACAUUGCAGGGAACUGGAAUACAUCAGCAGCCCCCUAAAAAGCCAUCCACUGAGAGAGCUGAAGAAAAGCAAAGGAGGUAAAAGAAACCUGAGCAGUCGUUUGCAACGUCUCAGUCGCCAACCAACCCGUUCGGCAAAGAAACCUUACAAGUGCGAUGACUGUGGGAAAAGCUUCACAUGGAAUUCAGAGCUGAAAAGACACAAGAGAGUCCACACAGGAGAGAGACCCUACACAUGCGGAGAGUGUGGAAACUGCUUUGGACGGCAGUCAACCCUGAAGCUGCACCAGAGGAUCCACACUGGAGAGAAGCCAUACCAGUGCAGCCAGUGUGGGAAAAGCUUUCGCCAGAGCUCAAACCUUCACCAGCAUCACAGACUCCACCACGGGGACUGAAAGGAGUGCUUCAUGAUUUAGAUUCUUCAUGAGGAAGGUCACAAGUCCCAAAUCAGUUUCACUCAGCAAAAUCAAGCUGUUGAUAGGGCUGCUUCCUUUUAGAGGCUCUGGAAGGUGAACCUGUUUCUUGACUUUUUCAGCUUCUAGUAGCCAACAGCAUUCUUUGGCCUGUGGCCCCCUCCUCCAUCUUCAAAGUGCAUCACUUCAGUCUCUGCCGUUACAUCACUUUCUCCUGUGACUGACUCUCUUGCCUCCUUCUUAUAAGGACCAUUAUGACUAAUCCAGGAUAAUCUCCCCAUCUCAAGAUCCUGAGCUUAAUAACAUCUGCAAAGUCUCUUGCCAUAUAAGGUAACAUUUACAGUUUCCAGGGAUUAAGAUGUGGACAUAUUUGGGGGCCGUGAUUCAGCCUACUACACGUCUAUCUUCAGUCAACUUGCUCAGUCAAAGAGGAUCUCACCUAAAAGAGAAGGAACAUAGAUUUCCACACUUCUUAUUUGUAAGGAUUGGCACAGUGACUCUUCCUUAAAUAAGUUUUUGCUUGCUUGGUGUGUUUCAGGGAAUCCGUGUGUGUGUGUGUGUGUGUGUGUGUGUGUGUGUGUGUGUGUGUGUGUGUGUGUGUGUGUGUGUGUGUGUGUGUGUGUGUGUGUGUUUCCUCUCUUCUGAUUACAAAAUCAAUAAUUGUUUAAUCUUAGUGUCUUUGGGUUACCUGUUCAACUGUGGACCUUGAAUAAAUGUGACAAAAUCA